CGGCCGCUCGCCCUCCACCCUGUUUCCCCUCCCGCUCGCCGUUAGGGAGGCUCUGCGCCUCAGCCGCCAGCGCCGCCUCCGCCGCUCCCGCCCACUUCUCCGCGUCUGCCGCCUCCGCUGCCCGGGGUCUCCGGGGGUCGCUACCGGGCUGGCCCCGCGCCACAGCAGUCACUUCAGCCUCGCGAUAGAGGCCGCCUCAGGAGGAGACCCGCCGGCCGCCGUGCCACUCAGGGCCUCAGUUCUCGCCUUGUCGACGUCGCCUAGGGUUCUGGAGAAGCGGCCAAGGCCGGAGAACGGGGCUUCGCGGUUCCAACGAUUAACUGCUGAAGUACUGAUCGAGUUCUGCGUUUCUUCAAUGAGGAACUACAGGCUCAUCUUCUGCCAUAAUCUCAAACAACCAUAAAUGACAGAAGGAUGCUUGCUCAGUGAGGGUAGCUGGUGCAGAAGCCGUUUUUUAAACUUAGGUGUUUAAGUACUCAAAGAAAAGACAGCUUUGAUUUCUGGCUGCAAAAAAGAUAUGAGGAAGAGCUCCUCCCCUUCCUUGAGUAACUGCAACUCCGAUCUUGCUAACAAAAUAUUUGGAAUUCCACUUGAUGAGCUGCAGCAGGGAGGACAUCCAGACAAUGAGGUUCCAUUCAUAGUCCGCCACGUUGUGGACUAUAUUGAGGAACAUGGAGGUCUGGAGCAACAAGGGCUGUUUCAAGUCAAUGGGAAUGCUGAGACAGUGGAGUGGCUUCGGCAGAGAUACGACAGUGGAGAAGAGGUGGACUUGGUUAAGGAAGCGGACGUCCCCUCAGCCAUUAGUCUCCUUAGGUUUUUCCUGCAGGAGCUUCCUGAGCCCGUCAUACCUGGCAGCUUGCAUAUUCACUUGAUGCAGCUUUCUCAAGAUUAUAAUAAUGAAGAUGAAUUUGGAAGAAAAUUGAGAUUCCUCUUGCAACAGCUUCCACCUGUUAAUUAUAGUUUGUUAAAGUUUCUGUGUAGGUUUUUAGCCAAUGUAGCUUCACAUCAUGAAGAAAUUUGGUCUGCAAAUUCUUUGGCUGCUGUUUUUGGUCCAGAUGUCUUCCACAUUUACACGGAUGUGGAAGAUAUGAAAGAGCAAGAAAUUGUGAGCAGGAUAAUGGCAGGACUCCUGGAAAAUUACUAUGAGUUUUUUGAGAAUGAAGAGGAAGAUUUUUCAUCAAAUGAUUUGAGUUCAAUUACUGAGCAGGCAGGUAGCAGCAGUCUCCACAGUUUGGAGCCUGGAGAGCAGGCAUUUCACGAGGCCCUAGAGAAGGGAGUUACAGCAGUCAAAGAAAGAAGAGAUGUUAAUGAACUUUCUGAGGAAGAAGAGGACGAUGAAAAGCUGGAACAUAUAGAAGAACUUCCAGAAGAAGCUGUAGAAAAGUCAAAUUGCAUGCCUGAGUUGUUGCAGUUGAGGAUGACUGAAAACAUCCUAGAAUCAGACAGUGUUACAGCAUCAACAAGGGUUGCUGCUGCUGCUGCUACUACUAAUGCCAGUGAUGGUAACAUAAAGUGUUCAAAACCUGUGGCUGGUACUACUGCAGACAGUGAAGUCAUGCAGCAAGAUUUUGUAUUUGAGGAUCAGAAAAGUAAUCAGUCUGUAGGUAUACUGUUAGAGCCUUGUAGUGACCACGGUGAUAGUGAAGAUGGCUGUCUUGAGAGGAAGGAAUAUUUGUUAUGUGACAGUGAUAAAUUGCCACACUUGAUUCUGGAUUCUAGUAGCAAGAUACGUGAUUUGAAUGCCAACACUGAAUCAGAAGUAACCGAAGGUCAGAGUGUUGGUGUUCAAGGAGAAGCAGCAUGUAUACAAAUUGCACAUUUAGAUCUGAAGAAUGUUUCUGAUGGUGAUAAAUGGGAAGCAUCAUGCCUUAUCACUUUCCCCCUCAUUGAUUUCAAAACAAUGCAUCUGCAGAGAGAUGGGGAGGAGCCGUUUCCUGCAUUUAAGUCUUGGCAGGAGGACUCUGAGUCUGGAGAAGCUCAGCUGUCUCCACAGGCUGCGAGGAUGACUCACCACCCCCUGGGGGAGGACUGCCCUCCAGUACUAUCACAUCGUAGUUUAGACUUUGGGCAAAGCCAACGCUUCCUACGUGACCCAGAAGCACUGGACUUCUCAUCAAAGGCGCUUUCUUUCACUAGAAUUCGAAGGUCAUCCUUUAGUUCAAAAGAUGAAAAAAGAGAAGACAGAACACCUUAUCAGUUGGUCAAGAAACUUCAGAAAAAAAUCAGACAAUUUGAGGAGCAGUUUGAAAGGGAAAAAAAUAGCAAGCCCUCCUACAGUGACAUUGCAGCUAAUCCGAAGGUAUUAAAAUGGAUGACAGAGCUUACAAAGUUGCGGAAGCAAAUUAAAGAUUCAAAACACAAAAACUCAGAUGGAGAGUUUGUGCCUCAGACACGUCCUCGGAGUAACACUCUUCCAAAAAGUUUUGGCUCCUCUCUAGACCAUGAAGAUGAUGAGAAUGAAGGUGAGCCCAGAGCCAUUCAGAAAGAGAAGAAGCCAUCUAAGGAAGCGACUCUUGAGCUGAUUACAAAACGAUUGAAGGAAAACCGUGCUGAGCGGCACCUUCCAGAGGAUAUCAAGAAAAUGACAAAAGAUCAUUUGAUAGAAGAGAAAACGUCUCUGCAGAAAAGUCUGCUUUACUAUGAAAGUCAACACGGAAGGCCGGUGACCAGGGAAGAAAGGCACAUUGUUAAGCCUCUCUAUGAUAGAUACAGGCUUGUAAAACAGAUGCUGACAAGAGCUAGCAUUACUCCUGUCCUUGGGUCUCCCUCCAUGAAGCGCCGGGGUCAGAUGUUACAGCCAAUCAUAGAAGGAGAAACGGCACACUUUUUUGAAGAAAUCAAGGAAGAAGAAGAAGAUGGUGUCAGUCUGUCCUCUGAGUUAAGUGACAUCUUAAAAACAGCUAUGCACACACACUCAUCAUUGGAAAACUCAGAAUCUGAUGCUGAAGAAAAUCAAGAAAAACUGGCUCGGGAUCUCCGCUUAUCAAGUACUCGGGCAGCUUCUAUGCCUGAAUUACUGGAACAGCUUUGGAAAGCCAGAGCUGAGAAAAAGAAGCUUCGUAAAACAUUACGGGAAUUUGAAGAAGCAUUUUAUCAACAAAAUGGAAGGAAUGCCCAGAAAGAGGAUCGUGUUCCAGUGCUUGAGGAAUAUAAGGAGUACAAGAAAAUCAAAGCCAAGCUUAGACUUCUUGAAGUUCUUAUCAGCAAACAAGACUCUUCAAAAUCCAUAUAAAACAUGUUCCUUGAAAAUUGACAUCAUAAAGUCGUUGUGUCCCUGAAGGUGCACCAUUUGUCCUUGCUCGUACUUGUGUUCCCUUGUCAGGCACACAGAGUCACUCCCACCUAGUCCCUGUUUUGGUUCCAGUAGGGAAAGGGGAGCUGCUCCACAUGACUGCAGGUCCUUCCACACUUAGCCAACAUGCAGGUUCCUUCACUGUUUUAUUACAGACACAUCUGUCAGCAAAGGACAAGAAGUUUAUUCUUUUCAAGAACUUUGGAAAUACAGAGCUUUUGUUGUUUACUUUCCCCCUUUCUCAUUACUGAAGAAAAUUGAGAGGAAAGUCUUCACACUGAAAUUCUUCGGUUGCCUUUUUCAUACAGAAUGACUGAAAAUGUAAAAGAAAAGCCUAUAAAUGUGACAUAUGCAACUGUAUUCUGUUUUUCUUAGAAAACCAAACUGAAUUUUCAAAUCCUAGUUUGGAACACCUUUCUGUAUAGUUCCCAAAGUGACACCUACAUAGAUAGUACUUAGGCAGAAUUUGCAGUUCAGUGAUGACAGCCUCUGAACGAAGAGAACAGUGGGUAGACCACAAAGCAGCCUUGCUUAGCCAUUUGCAACAUUACACACAUGACAUCACACGCUGCCUACAGGACUUGAGUUACUGUCACCAGCUGGCAGUGAUGACUUGUCUGGAUCAGACCCUGCGUUGUUCCCCACCCACUUCCAGAUAAUGUGAGAAAAUAGCUGUGCCAGUGUGGGGGGACUUGGGUGGUGCUCAGAUUUGUGUGUCAUCACAUGGGCCUCAGAAGAAUGACUGGCUACACCUAAGUCAGUCUGUUCUUUACAAGGGCUACGCCACUACAGCUUACACGUCCCC